AUGAUGGUGGGGCGAUGCUCUGGUCUCAUCAGAGUUUCUGCUUUGGAACGUGAGGAAAAGGCACACCAGCAACGCGGCUACGCCGCUCAACUUCAAGAGCAGCAAGCUGAAUUGGAACAAGCGAAGGCACGCAGGCAGCAGGAACAACGCGAAGAUCUAAAAAAUUAUGAAUGCGAGAGGAAAGUAGCAUCUCGACAACAUCAACCACAUCAAGAUGUAAAGGCUUCACUUCAAGCUUCUUCCCCCAAAAAUUUAAAUUUGGAGGCUCAUCGGCCAAAAGUUGAAUCACAGGAGCUCGAAGUACCAAUGAUAUCACCGGUUGAUGCCUUAAAUGCCCUGCAUAUCGUAGUUUCUGAGAGUUUGGCAGAAGUUUCAGAGUCUACAACUACACAAAACACAACAUCGAUACUUGCGGCAAGUUCAGUUUCUAAAAACCACACGCCGUUGAGCCCCGCGCCAUCAAUAUUUGAAUCCUUUAUUUUGGAGUUUGGCAAUGGGGCCACAUCAAGUGCAUUUUAUGAGAAUUUGACAAUCUUACAAAAACUUUCAACCGAGUUAGAAGCUGCGACAAUGCUGAGGCAUUUGGAGGCUCAGAAUUGCUACGUCAAGCCAAUCUUUCUUUGCCAAGAAGACUUACCGAAGGCAGCUAUAACUGCUAUGCAGCCUUAUACGAAAACCAAUGAUGACGAGGUCAGUCAAACCGAAGAAGGAACAACGUCAAUGUCAAGUAAUAUUGGAUCGCACUUAUAUAGCUCAAAAGUGCUCUUCGGCGAUAGGCUUUUCCUACAUGAUAAGACUACAAUAUCGUUACGUGGUCUUCUUCCAGACAAAACACAUGACAAAAAUCUUUUGGAGACUUCUGCUCAACGCGUAGAAGCUGAAGAUGAUGAAAUAGCUGCAACUAAUUGUUUAGAUGCUCGCAGCGAAAUGCUGCAGUUCUCAUUCUGA